ACAUACAACAUAAUGUCAACUACAACAACUCCAUCAUUCAACAUUGUCGUCAUGAUCAGUGGCAAUGGCACCAACUUACAAGCGAUAAUAGACGCCGUUCAAUCGGGCGGCCUGCCCAAUGUCACCAUCAGCGCAGUCGUCUCGAACAAGUCCGAUGCAUUCGGUCUGAAGCGUGCAGAGAAGGCCGGCAUCGCCACCAAGGUGUUCUCAUUGGUCACAUAUCAGAAGGGCGGUCCCGAUCGCACACGUGAGACAUACGGCGUCGAGCUGGCCAAGAUCAUCCGCUCGUACACGCCCAAGAUGAUAGUGCUGGCCGGCUGGAUGCUGAUCCUGCCGGCGAGCUUCCUCAACGAGUUCGCAACCAACGAGCCACUCAUCGACAUUAUCAAUCUGCAUCCCGCGCUGCCCGGCCAGUUCGCGGGCGCACAUGCUAUCGAGCGCGCAUUCCAAGCCUAUCAAAAGGGCGAGAUCAAACAUACAGGACUGAUGGUGCACAAGGUCAUCGAGGAGGUCGACGCUGGCGAGGUCAUCAUGACGGCCGAAGUACCCAUCAACGCAGACGAUACAUUGGACAUGCUGGAGGAUCGCAUGCACAAGACCGAGCACGUGACCCUGGUCGCCGCCAUUAAAAAGGUGUCGUCG